AUGCCCAGGGAAAACAGGAAAAGAGGCAAGAAACAUAAAAAGAGCGCGGUGGGCAUAGAAGCUCCAGCUCAGCCUCACGAGUACGUUUCUGAGGUCCCCGAAAGUCACAACGAGCGUCCCUCUUGGAUUGUACCCGCCCCAAACCAUGAAGAAGUCAAUGCUGAAGCACCCUUCGGGUACGUCGAUGCCGACGUCAAAGCAUACUUUCGGAACGUGGACAACCAGAUGAGGAGCUGGCAAGAGAGGCAUAGUUAUGAUGCUGGAGAUGGUCUUGACACGACCGAUCCCAAUGAAGAGCGACGGAUAUUCUUCCUUGCGGCGCUGAGUGAGAUGAUGGACAAAGAGAAGAUGCUUGCUACCGACCCCGACUGCUCGCUCAUAAUUGAACGCAUGGCUUACUCGAUGGAUGAUUUCGUGCGCCGUGUCUUCAUGGACAAACUAUCCGGCUCGUACGAAGUCCUUGUGAAGCAUAGGUUCUCUUCGCAUGUCUGCCAGACUCUCCUGAGCGUUGUAGCAGAUACAGUGUCUCGCGAGUAUCAAGGGAUUUACCCGGCGUUGCCAGAAGGCGCUGAAGAGGGAGAACUGAGGACAAUCACACGGCUCAUCUUGGAUAUAUGCGAAGAGCUCCUGCCGUCAUUUUCGUCGCUUGUGAUGGACGAUUUCGCCUCGCAUGUGGUUCGGGCACUUCUAUUACUCUUAUAUCCUAACGCAAUCCCGUCACAACUACAUUCCAAUCUGCGGUCCAGGAAGAGCACGGCUUGGAAAGCGAAACAAGGCCCUCUGAAGUCUGUGUUUAGCGAUACUGAUAUGAACUCAAACUCGUCGGGGACUAAGCAAAAGAACGUCCCGAAAGAGUUCCUUGCUGUAGCACGUCGCUUUGUAGAAGCACUCUCGGUCGAACUGAGCGAUAACGAGGUGAGAGCACUGGCCGCCAACAAAGUUGCAAGCCCCGUGCUUCAGAUGUUGCUGGAAAUUGAAGCCAGUGAAGGCAUGUCCAAUCAGCCAGGUUCCCUAAUGGAUCGUAUUCUCGUUGGAAUCAUCUCCACAUGCCAAGUCGGUCCUCCAGAAACCCACGAACCAUCGGACUACUUGAACACUCUCCUUCGCGACCCAACAUCGUCACAUUUACUGGAGACUUUAGUGACCCGUUCACCGGAUUUGGCGUUUGGUGUUCUAUGGACAUAUUAUUUCCAAGGGAAAUUGACACGGCUAUGCAUCCAUCCGGUUGCUAACUUCGUCGUGGCGAAGUCCUUUGAGAGGCUGGAUGAGCGACAGUUGCGCGAAGUAUGUCUCGAACUAUCGGGCUCGUGGGCGCGGAUUAUUCAGGCAUCACGACCUGGAGUCUUGUUGUCCCUCAUCAAUUGUGCAGUGUCCUUGAAAGGUUUAGGAACAGAAGUCGAAGAGGCGAUGUUCACGGCCUUUGGAUUCACAACGCUGGAGCAGAAAAGGGCGUUGGUUUCUUGCGUCAUCUGUCUACUCCCCAUAUCGGACUAUGAAGAAACCCUCAAGAGGACUAGCGCAGAGAAGCACGCAGACAACAAUAAGAAGUAUCCCAAUAAGAAUGACCCUCUAGAGCCGAAGGUGCAAGGAGCUUUGUUGCUUCAAUCAUCGCUUCGAUUACCAGAGCCCCAUUGUCGUCUAGUCCUAGACAGCUUGGCUUCCUUAUCGAUGGAGGAUAGCAUACGUCUUGGGCAUCAUCCUGCAGGUUCCCGGGUCUUUGAUGCUUUGUUAGAAUCACCUUCCGUCCCAUUCAAAGAUAAGCGUCGUUUUGUGAUGUCUUUUAUAGGACAUUAUCAUCUCCUCGUUGACGACCGCGUUGGAAGUCGAGUGGGAGACCGCUGCUGGGCUUUUGCUGACACAUACCUCAAGGAAAAAAUAGCUCGGUCCCUGAUCCCACACGAAACACAAUUGUCUGGCUCUUACUACGGCAAAUUCUUUGCUCGUAACCUCAAUUUAUAUCUCCUGCAGCGCAAACCUGACGAGUGGAGAAAUCUACAAUCCCAGCGAGGCCGAGAAACUCAGGCCCAACGAAAUGAACCCCAGGUUGUCGCAGUUCCGCCGACGCCUGUAUCCCAUGAUCAGUCAAAUGAAGUGGCUGAAGCAGAGCCUGGAGAAAGACGUAAGGGGAAGCGUUCCAGACAGGUUGAUGAGAUCGACGCUCUAUUCAAUGCGCGGUUGGGGAAGAAGAUUAAAAACGGAGCGCUAGGUGACAAGGUUGAGUCAUCUGAACACGCAAAGGAAUUGUCAAGUGAUCCCUCUUUGGCCGGGGUUCUCGGUGCUAUCCGAUCCGCUCCAAAGGACGACAAAAAAAGGCGUAAAAAGCAUAAAUAG